UCCGGUCUAGAUCGGUUCGAUCUCCCCGUUUAGAGAAAAGCAAGAAUUCGACAUGAACAUGCAAUGGAACCAAGCUUCAUCUUCCAACGAACUACUUCCUAAUUUCUUUCAUUCACUACCCCUUUCAAACCCUAACCCUAAAUUUCUUCAAUUCACCACCCCUUCAAACCCUAACCCUAAAAUUCUUCAAUCUCGGUGACAAAACAAUGGAGACUCACUUCAAUCACACUCUCUUCGAGAGACGCCCCUUUCUCAAAUCCAAAGCUCCUGCAGUUAAAUGGGUGAAACAAUGGGUUCCCCAAGAUGUUGUUGCAACUGGUGGGAAGUGCAUGCUUUUGAAAUGGGUAACAGAGGAUGCUGUAAAGGCCUUGAAAGAAAAGGAAAAUGAACCUCUAGCGCCUGAGCCAGAACCCGAGCCAACUACUGAAGUACUUUUUCUUUGCAGCUACGAAGGCUGCGGGAAGACAUUUAUAGAUGCGGGUGCUUUGAGGAAGCAUUCUCACAUCCACGGAGAGAGGCAAUUUGUUUGCCAUUACGAUGGCUGUGGAAAGAAAUUUCUGGACAGCUCAAAGUUAAAGAGACAUUUCCUUAUUCAUACAGGGGAGAGGGAUUUUGUGUGUCCUCAUGAAGGCUGUGGUAAGGCCUUCUCCUUGGAUUUUAACCUGAGGUCUCACAUGAAGACACAUUCACAAGAGAACUAUCAUAUUUGCCCAUACCCUGAUUGUGGGAAGAGAUACGCCCAUGAAUACAAGCUAAAGAAUCACAUUACUUCUCAUCAUGAAAAGAGUACACCAACUCCAAUGGAGGUGACAAAGUAUGCUACUCCACAAUCAGAAAAGCAAACAAAAACAGCUAAACCUUCUGGGGCAGCAUACGGCUCGGCAUCCUCUGAUCGCCCAUAUGCAUGUCCGUAUGAUGGGUGUGAAAAAGCGUACAUACAUGUUUACAAGCUUAGACUGCAUUUCAGGAGGGCACAUCCCGGCCACAUUGAUGAAAAUACCGAAAAUGCCAACAAUGAAAUGGAUGAAGCAAGUGAUCAAGAUGCUUAUGGUGGGAAACAGUCCAAUGGUAAAAGUCAGAAGCAGAGUCGGCCCAAGCCAAACGUGAAAGCGCCUCCUUCCAAAGUUCCCCAACGAAAAGGGUCUAAUCCAACUCCUCCCACUUUAAACAUGGUUAAAAAACCUUGGCCUGUGAAAGAAGAAACUUACGAUGAGGACAGCGAAGAAACCGAGGAGGAUCGGGACAAUGUUGAAGAUGGUUGGAGAUAUGCUGGAAACAACGAAGAAGAUGAUGAGGAAACAGAAUAUGAAGACUGAUAUUUACUUGUGUCUUCUAUGAAUUCAUUCCCAUUUAUACCAUCUUACAAUAUUAGUUUUUUUUUUCUUUCUAUUAUUUGCUUCAAGAAAUGCAUUCAGUUUUUCUUGACAUAGUAAUACAUUGGUUAUCGGAAUUUCGGAAGAAUGAAUGAUAGAAUGGAUUUAUAUUUAAUAAGAAAAUGUGAAGUAAUAUUUUUGUGA